CACUGACCCGCCAAGGCCGUGCUCUGGAGGGUGGGGCGGUGGGACGGCUCACCCUUUGCGGUUUCCUCCCUUAGCCCUCCCAACUGCCCCGCUCGUCAUAGUCCUGACCCAGAGGAUUCAGCUUUCAGCUUUCCGCCUCUAGUGAGCGGUCUGGUUAAGGCUACAAGGAGCUCAGCUGUGCUCGCAUGGAUGGGACAAAAACCCGACAGCGGAGGCCAGAGGUGGUAGGGCUGCCAUACACCCUCAACCCAAGAAGACUCGCUGCAGCCUCAGAAGAUGGACCUCGAAGUAUCCCUGAGAGCCAGAAAGUGACCACUAAACCACUGAGGACUGAGCUCAGUAGGGAGACUGCCUUAGCCAUUGGCUUUCAGGUGACAGUGCCCUUCAUGUUUUCAGGCCUGGGACUGUCUGGGGCUGGCAUACUUUUGAACUAUUUCCAGCACUGGCCAGCAUUUGUGGAGAUUAAAGACCUGUUGACAUUGGUGCCACCCUUAGUGGGCCUGAAGGGGAACCUGGAGAUGACAUUGGCAUCACGACUCUCCACAGCUGUCAAUACUGGGCAAAUUGAUGACCCCCAGAAGCAACACAGAGUCAUCAGCAGUAACCUCGCCCUCAUUCAGGUGCAGGCCACCGUCGUGGGAUUCCUGGCUGCUAUGUCUGCCCUGCUGCUGGGAGCUGUGUCUAGGGGGGAAUUAGACUUUGCCACCAUCACAUUGCUGUGUGCCAGCAGUGUCAGCACUGCCUUUCUUGCAGCCUUUGCACUUGGAGUGCUGAUGGUCUGUGUAGUGAUUGGUGCUCGAAAGCUCGGGGUCAACCCAGACAAUAUCGCCACACCCAUUGCAGCCAGCCUGGGAGACCUUAUCACGUUGUCCAUUCUGGCUUUCAUUAGCAACUUCUUCUAUAAACACAAAGACAAUCAGUUUCUGACUCCAUUGGUUUGCAUUGGCUUCAUGGCCCUGACCCCAGUGUGGGUCCUCAUUGCAAAACAGAACCCACCCAUCAUGAAGAUCCUAAAGUUCGGGUGGUUCCCAAUCAUCCUAGCAAUGGUGAUCAGCAGUUUUGGAGGGCUCAUCUUGAACAAAACCAUUUCUAAAGAGCAGUACAAAGGAAUGGCCAUAUUUACUCCCAUUAUAUGUGGUGUUGGUGGCAAUCUGGUAGCCAUCCAGACUAGCCGGAUCUCUACCUAUCUGCACAUGUGGAGCAUGCCUGGGGUCCUACCCCUCUGGAUGAAAAAAAUCUGGCCUAACCCAUGGUCCACUUUCUGUACUUCAGAAAUCAAUUCCAUGUCAGCUCGAGUUCUGAUCUUUCUGGUGAUUCCGGGCCAUCUGAUUUUCUUCUAUGUUAUCUACCUGGUGGAAGGCCAUUCGGUCCCAAACAGCAAGAUCUUUGUGGCAUUCUAUCUGCUAGCAGGCCUGAUCCAGGUGACAAUCCUGCUGUACCUGGCAGAAGUGAUGGCUCGGCUGACAUGGCAUCAGGCCCUGGAUCCUGACAACCACUGUAUCCCCUACCUCACAGGGCUAGGGGACCUCCUAGGGACUGUCCUCCUAGCACUCUGCUUUCUUAUCAGCUGGUUAUUGCAGAGUGAAGCAGAACUGGAUAGAAUUUCAGGAUCAGCACCUGAACCUUCCUAAUGAGACCAGGCAGUUCCAGUUAGUCAAUAAAUUUUUUCUUACACGAGUGGGGUACAGAAUGCAGUUCCUCCUUGGCUGAGUUCUUAGGUCUCCCUGCCUUUAAAGUGGGCCUAUGUCAGUCAGCUAAGGAGACUGAGCCAUACACUUUGGCCCUGGCAUUGGAAACUGAGUCCAUGAUGGAGCCUAAAAUUAGAAGCACUCUUUGUUUGUGAAUGUGACUGAAUGUAUCUAAGUGCUGGACAAGCUUGUGAAUGAGUGCACAUAAGUGUAGAGAGCGGGGUACUGAGGCCUAAAGAUCCUGAAGGAAGAGGCAUGUCCAGUGCACUUUGGGGAAUGUGUGGUCCUGUUUCAUACAGUGCAGCCCACUGGGGUAGAGCAGGAAAAAAUCCAUGUGAACCUUGAACUCCAUGAACCACGGACUCCCUGAACCUUGGCUUAACUGCUGUCUUCACCAGGUUCAGCUCCAUGGGCCAUUUUUGGUGUGCCCUGCAAAUGUGUGCAGCUCUUCCUAGAAUGGGGCUUACGCAUCCUCUCAUCUGCUCCCAGCUGUUAUUCCUGUCACUGCUUUUUUUUUCACCUCUUGCUCUUUUCUUUCUUUCUAUUUUUUUCUCUAAGAAAAACCUCUAUUUAGAUUUUAGUGAUCAGAAAAGUAUAAAAUAAAUCAUAGAAUAUAUUA